ACCCGGAGAGGCCGCCGCCGGGAGGAAAGUGGAGAGCCCAGACCGCCCGCUGGGCGCGCCUUUCCUUCCCGCCCCGCGGGUUCCUGGAGCGGUGGGCACCCAGGCUCCGAUCACAGGCUUGCAGCCCAGCUGGAAACAAGUGACAGGACAAUUGGAGAGACAGGGAGGGAGGGGGGCCGCGGGAGUGCUCGGUCCUAAAAAGUGAGCCUGCUCCCUGAUUUGCAGAAGCAGAGCGUUUAGCAGAGGCGGCAGCCGCGGCGGGAGCAGGAAAGGCGAAACUGGUUAAGAAAGGAUUCCUGCCCUGCUCUACUUCCCGAGCCUCAGCCAUGGCAUCGGUGUUGGGGACCAGCAGAGGGUCCGGAGGGCUGAGUAGUCAACUCAGAUGCAAGUCAAAGAGGCGUCGGAGACGGAGGUCCAAGAGGAAAGACAAAGUCAGCAUGUUGUCAGCCUUCAUGGCUCCCUUCAAGCACUUGAGCCCCGGGGCCACAAACACGGAGGAUGAAGACAAUCUAAGUACCAGCAGCGCAGACGUGAAGGAGAACCGGAAUGUGAGCAACCUAGAGGCGCGGCCGCUGCCCGCCGGCGACAGGGCCCGAGGCAGCGUGCCCGGCGUGAAAAGAAAAAGGCCCCUGGAGGAGGGCAAUGGCGGCCACCUGUGCCAAGUGCAGUUGAUCUGGAAAAAGUUGUCCUGGUCGAUGGCGCCCAAGAAUGCACUGGUCCAGCUGCAUGAGCUGCGGCCGGGCCUGCAGUACCGGAUGGUGUCCCAGACAGGACCGGUGCACGCACCCGUCUUCGCUGUGGCCGUGGAGGUGAACGGGCUGACGUUCGAGGGCACGGGGCCCACCAAGAAGAAGGCCAAAAUGCGGGCGGCCGAGCUGGCCCUGCGCUCCUUCGUGCAGUUCCCCAACGCCUGCCAGGCGCACCUGGCCAUGGGCAGUGGCCCCAGCCCCUGCACGGACUUCACCUCCGACCAGGCUGACUUUCCCGACACGCUGUUCAAGGAGUUUGAGCCGGCAGCGCCAAGCCCGGCCUUCCCUGGCCGCCGCCCCGCUGAGCCCGAGUUGCUGUCUGCAGCAUGCCGGCGGGGGCGCCUGCUGCGCCGCACCCUAGACCUGGUGGCACCGGGAGACAGGAACCCGGUGGUGCUGCUGAACCAGCUGCGCGCUGGCCUGCGAUAUGUGUGCCUCUCCGAGCGGCCCCGCAGCUUCGUCAUGGCCGUGAGCGUGGACGGGAGGACGUUUGAAGGCUCGGGACGCAGCAAGAAGCUGGCCAAGGGUCAGGCCGCGCAGGCCGCCCUCCAGGCCCUCUUCGACAUCCGGCUGCCCGGCCACGUGCCCAGCAGGAGUAAAAGUCACCUCUUGCCCCAGGAAUUCGCUGACUCUGUGUCCCAGCUGGUCACGCAGAAGUUCCACGAGCUGACCGUGGGCCUGACGUCGUCUGUGCAUGCCCGCUACAGAGCGCUGGCAGGGAUAGUCAUGACCAAAGGCCUGGACGUCAGGCAAGCUCAGGUCGUCGUCCUGUCCUCAGGGACCAAGUGCAUCAGCGGCGAGUACAUCAAUGACCAGGGGCUGGUGGUCAACGACUGCCACGCCGAGACCGUGGCCCGAAGGGCAUUGCUCCACUUCCUGUAUGCGCAGCUGGAGCUGCACCUCAGCCAGCGUCGAGAGGACUCGGAGCGCUCCAUAUUCGUGCGGCUGAAGGACGGAGGCUACAGGCUGAGGGACAACACCCUAUUCCAUCUGUACGUGAGCACGUCCCCCUGCGGAGAUGCGCGCCUGAACUCUCCCUACGAAAUCACCACGGACCUGACCAGCAGCAAACACAUCGUCAGGAAGUUCCGCGGGCACCUGCGCACGAAGAUUGAGUCUGGGGAGGGGACCGUGCCCGUCCGGGGCCCCAGCACAGUGCAGACGUGGGACGGCAUCCUGCUGGGCGAGCAGCUCAUCACCAUGUCCUGCACAGACAAGAUCGCCAGGUGGAACGUGCUGGGCCUGCAGGGAGCCCUCCUCUGCCACUUCAUCGAGCCCGUAUACCUGCACAGCAUCGUCGUGGGGAGUCUGCACCACACUGGCCACCUCUCCCGGGUGAUGAGCCACCGGACCGAGGACAUCGGCCAGCUGCCCACCUCGUACCGGCACAACCGGCCCCUCCUCAGCGGUGUGAGCAGCGCUGAGGCACGCCGGCAAGGGAAGUCUUCCCACUUCAGCGUGAACUGGGUCACAGGUCACUCAGACGUGGAGAUCCUGGACGCCACCACCGGGAAGCGCAGCUGCGGGGGCUCGUCCCGGCUCUGCAAGCACAUGUUCUCAGCCCGGUGGGCGCGGCUCUACGGAAAGCUGAGCACUCGGAUACCAAACCAUGGGGACAUACCGGCCAUGUACUGUGAAGCCAAGCUGGGGGCACACACCUACCAGUCUGUUAAACAGCAGCUGUUCAAGGCAUUCCAGAAGGCGGGCUUGGGCACCUGGGUGAGGAAGCCACCCGAACAGGACCAGUUCCCUCUCGCUCUCUGAGUCACUGGCCCCAGGCCUCCGGAUAGAGUGAGGCACCUGGGCUGGGUGGGCGGGCAGACAUGAGGAGCGAGACUGUGCCGAUCGGGUCUGUGCAUUCAUUUCCUUUGGUGUUCCAGAAAUACUCGAGCAUGCAAUGCUCGGAAGAGUAACCAGACUUGAGUGAGGAGGAUGCUGCUUCUCAGAUGGCCAGUCCAAGGCUGGACCAGCAGGGCCGGCACACCUCCAGGCACCAGGGCAGUGAGACUUCUUGGUGUGUCAGAGGGAUCAUGUCUAUUCGGGCUGGAGAGUCCGAGUGGCAGCCUUGAAAGGUGGUCCCAAGGCAUUGCCAGUUAGAAAUCAACCUCAGGCACCAUCCCCUACGUUCCCCUCUUGAGCGAUGCACUUGGUUCUCACGAGCACAAGCUUAUAGGAACUUCAAGACAAGCCACAAGUCAAGAGAAAAGCCAUGGGCUCCUCCCCCAAAGAAGCCAGUAAGAAUGCCCUGUCAUUUUCAUUAUUCAUUUAAGUGUUUUACUCCGUCUCCUUUGCAAAGCAUUGAGGAUGCACGAUAUUAAAGAACGCCUAAUUGCAGGACCAGAGAAAUGAGACCAUUGUUGCAGAGCAAAAGAACUUGACGCGAAGAAAUUAAACUUCUCUAAACUUCCCAGUAACUGAGUGUCGCAAGCUGUCCCGUGCCUGUUUCGUCCAUCACACUUUGGUGUCUCCGGCAGAUGCAGCACCACUGAAGAAGUUUGAGCUGCAUAAGGGUCUGCGAGCACCCCAAUCCCUCCCCACCAGGUAGUGAGGAAACCCCGGCAUAGACCAAAUUCUGACUUACAAACUAAAUUGUUCUUACACAGCAAGCACAAAAGCCUCCGAAGCAACCUUGACUCUGGGCAUGAAGACCUACCAGCUCUCCAUUCCCCUAGGUUCCCCAUCACCAUCACCGUCUUGCACGACAGAAAAAAACUCACUUAAAACAGCUGCACAAACACAAGAGGCAGGAUUCUGUCCCAACCAGAGCUGGCAGCAGACGACAGCUACAUAGGACCCUGUUCAUGCAAAUGAGGUGCCUCCCCAACAUGCGUGUAGUAGGUCAGGCACCCGGACUCUUCACUCUGACACUGAGAACUCAUUUCCAACACCCAGCCUGCCAGUUAACAAGCCUCUAGUUUCUCCAAUUACAAGAGUGAGCUAAGUAGCAAACCUUCGUAGUAGGCAGCUUUGGACUCUGGGCUCCAGGUUAGAAUCCCAGCUGACCACCUGGGGGCACAUCUGAGAACACAGGUUUCCCACUUAACCCAGGAAUUGCACGCAUAACAUCAUGCUGUAUAUAUUCAGGUACAAAUUACAGACACCAUACCAAUCAGGCAAAAGUGAAAUGAAUCGAAUUGUAGAUAUUUGUUACAUGGUAACAAGAAAUAGACACAUUAGUAUGCAAAUAGAAGUUUUUCCCAGGAUUUCAUACAAGGUCAAAUUUAUCACUCAAGUUUUUUUAGAAAGGAAAACGGGCGCUGCGGUGUACACCUUCUCCAAGAUAAAGUUUCGAAAGAUAUGAAAAUGUUUUUGCAAAUAUGACUUAUUAAUCUGUUAUAAAAAUUGAGGAAGUAGAAUGAAAUCUUAGUACAAAUGGCCCGUUUAUAUUAGUUUCUAAUAAUGUGAUGUAGUACCAGGGUGGGGCUCAGAAAUCCAAAACCCUUGAGAGUGGAUUUGAUUUAGACUCUCAGCCGCCAAUACCCAGAACACUUCUCUGAACGCAGCGGGCACAGGGAUCCCUGGGUGAAGUCUGCGACCUGGCCCUGAGUUUGCUCCCUGGACAUGGUGUACGCUUUACAUCAGCUGCUCCAGACAAAGCUCCCCCCUACCAUGGGGAAUGCGCAUUGGCGGGAGAUGCAGGAUGGAGCAACCUUCACAGGGGCAUGGUGGGCCACCAGUACAGUCUGGUUCAUGGGACCCGGAAGGCACUCUCCUACCCCGUAGUGAACACGCCCACAAUGCCCGAACUAAAGCGGCUUGGUCACAAGUCAUUUUACCUGAGGCACCGGCUCUCCAGAAACAACCUAAACCCCCAAAACACAGGCUCCUACUUCUGAAGAAAGCCGCACACUAACACCACUAUGCCCAUUAGCUCCAGCAUGGGGGUUAGUCAGCGAGGCCAGCAGGGGCUCCUUGGAAGGGGACACUAGGCUCCGCAGAGAAGGUGGACAGCGAGAGAAGGAACCAGUGCAGCGGGAAGUCCAUCCGAGCCUGGCACUCUGCGUGGAGGCCCCUGUCCAGUUCACAGGGAAAUUGGGAGGGGACGCUUGCAGGCUGUGGGCACAGGGUGGUGCAAGGUGGAGGGCAGAGCCACCAGAAGGCGGACCCAGCCGGGAGGCCAGGGGCAGGGUUCUGUGCACAGGGCACCCGGCGUGGCUGAUGGAACAGGUCGUUUCCCAGAGAGAGAAGGUCUAGAGGGGGAAGGAAGCCUGAGGGUUUUGCUGUCUGCAUCAGUCCAAAAGGGCGUCCCAGUACUGCUUCAGGCCAGGUCUACCCUGAACUUUUGAAAUAGAAAGUCUGUUAAAUUCGAGUCUGGAGAGGAGCCCACACCCACCUCACCAUGUGAGGUUUCCACAAGGAGAACAAAGCACGAGUAAGUAGUUUGUGACUUUCAGUCACCCCAAAAAUGUGACCCAGCAGAAAAAAGGAAGAGGGACAGACAUAAAGUCAUGGGCUCCCCAGGCACCCAGAUUAACGGACUGCCUCCACUGCCCACCUGAAUCUGCCUUGGAAUCACCACCCUUCAUCACCCCAUGGCUCAGGCUCCUUUGUUCCCAACCUCCCCAUGUUCUGUAUUUACAGCUCUUUAGCCCUAUGUCUAAAGUCCAGAUAAAAUCAACACCACCUUUAUCUGCCUCUAAAGCACGAGUUGCUUUCUUGUCUGGGAAAUAAGCCAUGGAAGCUUUCCUGCCUGGCUCUCACAAAAAGUGACCACAUGCCAGGCUUUGGCAGGACUCAGCAAGGAGGAGGUCAUGCAGUCCAGCUCCAGUGCCCAGUUUCACAACAUGUGACAGCAAGUUACUGGAUUUAGGAUUUCUUUGGUUUUUGGUUUUUGCCAAGGGAAGGAUUUGCGGGUCUGUAACUAUCACUUCUUUUCAUGCCUGUGGUUCUCUUUUAGUCUGUAUAUAUCUUUCUUGCCACCACUGGUUUUGUGACGUGUCUUAGUCCUCAGAAACGUCAAGUUGAGUUACUUUUUGAGAGAACACAGCUCAUAUAGUUCCCACAUACUUUCCUUUUCACAGGAAGCUGUUCUUAUCAAUUAAUUUUUUUUCCUUUGUUAGAGUGUUCACCACAUCUGGAGAGCCAUAAGCAGUAGAUACAUGGUGUAUUAAUGCCCAGAAUAGAAGAGUUAGAAUAUUUUGAUGAAAUCCUAUUUUUAGAUUAUAAAUUUCAAGACGUGUCUAUAGUAUCUUGUUUAAAAAGUUUUUUAAAGAUAUUUAAAACUUAAAUAGACAUUUUUCUUAGGGAAACUUCUACACCCGUUUUUUUAAGAAGCCACUCUAAUGGAAUCAUUUGUGCAAUUGGCCCGAAACACAAUAAACAUCACUCUCUAGUGGGGACCAAAGGAGACCAGGAGACUUUCUUCCUGUGCACUGACUGCGGAGACCGCCUGGCGGAAGUCUGGUUGAACUCAGCAGGCCCUGAUGUACCUGGGUUGGUUCCCUCCACCCUCCGGAGUCCAGUUCCUGAACUGGUCACCCAUCCAAGGUCAGAAAUACGCAUCCUGCAUAUUUCCAGUUCCAAGUUCUCAUGGAAUUUGUGGGCAGUGUGAAAAAUUACAGGACAGGCUGUAACACCAUCAAGCAGCAUCUAGCAGGGACAACAUCCCUCUGAGGUCUUGCUGGUCUUUUUAUGCUCCUGCAGGCAUGGUGAUGAGAUGUAGGGUAGGUGGGGACAGGGCAGGUGGGUGGGACCCAUACAUGCAGAGCUGGGGAGAGCUCGCCACUGUCCGUGGUCUUGACCUAUUGCAGCCUUCAGCACUGCUGUUUCUCAGAACGCUGGGAUAUUGUUGGCUCCUGACAAACUCCUCCCACAAAUUCUGAAUCAGACGAAGGAUGGGGGUGAGGGAGCAGACACAAACAAGACAUGCAGACUGCACAGUGACGGCCUGGGACAACAAAUGCAGCCCCUCCCAGUCCUGGGGCCAUCACCACCGUCUGCUGCUUCUCCCACCAGCACUGCCUCUCUGGUUUUCUUUCUCACAUGUUCCUCUCCCUCCACUUCCUGUUCCCCUUUUUAUUGCCUUCCCUCCCUAUCCUAAACUUCUGACUCCCUCAGACUUGAGUCUCAGGCGUGUGUCUGCCCCAAGCUCCACAGUGCUCAUCUGUGAAGCAGGUGGACAUUAAGAAAUAGGCCCGAGCCCGAUGGGUUCCUGUGACAUCUUGUCCAGAGGGAUUUACAAGAGUCCUUUCCUGAUUUCCUGCAACAUGACCACAUAGUUGACCAUACAACAUGUCCCACCAAAAGGGAUACCAAUGGCCACAUCUCUAGACAUUUAGACUAGACAAUACCACUCCUGUGGGGAAUUGCAGACAGUUAUCAAACCCAGAGAAAGAAAGACCUUGUUUCCCAACUCAUCAUUUCAUAGUCAAAAUUGGGAGGAUGCAACACCCUCUAAGAUAAACAUAAAAUGACUUGAAUUCUAGGGCCUCUUUUCACACAGGCACUAGAUUUCUAUCACUCUGCAGUAUAUGCAUCAGUAAAAAAGAAAAAAUACUUUCCCAGCAGUGCCCAGUUAACUUUCAACUAAUUUUCAGCAUUUUUUAAGCAAAAUGAACUUAAUAAAUAGUAAUUCUUAAGUGAAGGUUUGUACAUAAAAGGCAUGAUUGAAUGGCAAUAUUGUACCAAUGGAUGUAUAUUUGUAAUAUUUGUAAAAAAAAUUCAAAAUCUUAAAAUAUUAAUUUACAUAUUUGCCUCUAAGUUCUGUAAAUUGCACUUCAGUGAUAUCUGAUAAGUGAAUGUUUCUGUU